AUGUAUAUAUAUCUAUAUAUCUAUCUAUCUAUCUAUCUAUCUAUCUAUCUAUCUAUCUAUCUAUCUAUAUAUAUAUAUAUAUAUUUUUUUUAUAUCUCUAAUCUAUUGGACAAAAUUCGAACAACCUUUUGUUCCAUUAUUUAUCCUCUCUUUUUUUAUCUCACUCCAUUUCUCUCUCUCUCUCUCUUUCUCAUCUCUCUCUCUCUCUCUCUGUGUCUUUGUAUCUCUCUGUUUCUAAUCUUUUGGACAACAAUCAACCAACCUUUUGCUCCAUUAUUUAUCCUCUCUUUUUUUAUCUCACUCCAUCUCUCUCUCUCUCUCUCUCUCUCUCUCUCUCUCUCUCUCGCUUUCUCUGUCUUUGUCUCCAUAUCUCUCUCACUCGACUUAUUGAAACACCACUCAUCAUUACCUCUUAUUCCUUACAUGUCGUUACAUUAUUUAAUUCUUUUCUUCGUUUUCCUCUUUCUUUCCGGUCAGUGGAAACGGAAAUCCCAGCAAUUUUUCUUUCUUUCUUUUCACUUAUUUUUUAUAUUCUCUUUUCCUUCCUUUACUAGAAUUUUCCGUACAACUUUCAUUCUUUAUUUCUUUCUUUCUAUCUUUCGAAAUCUUUUCACUUUACACAUUUUUUACAGAUUUUCUUUAAUUUCUUUUCUUUUUUUUUCUUUCUUUCUUUCAUUCUUUUUCUUUUUUAAAUAUUUCCCCUACUUUGUUUUGUAUGGUUUUCCUUCCUUCUUCCUUUCUUUCUUUCUUUUUAAUAUUUCCCCUAUUUUAUUUGUCACUUUUGCCCUUCAUCGCUUUUUUCUUUCCUUCUGUUUCUUUUUGUUUCUUCUUUUAAUAUUUUUACCAAACUAUUUUUCCGUUUUUCUUUUUCUUAAUAUUUUCCCUAUCAUUUUCAUUCAUUUUUCCUUCGCUUCAUUACUUUCCUUUGCUUUGUUUUCAUUUCUUUCAUUCGUUGUCAUUACUUUCCUUUUCUGCUUACUUUCUUUGCUCGUUCGCUUUGACUUUCCUUCAUUCGUUCUCAUUACUUUCCUUUUCUGUCAUUAUUUCCCUUUUGCUUCUUCAUUUGACUUUCCUUUGCUUUCUCAUUCUGAGGCUGUCAUUACUUUCCUUUGCGUUCGUUUGACUCUUCAUUCGUUAUUAUUUCCUUCGCUGUCAUUACUUUCUUUUUCUUUGACGUUCGCUUUGACUUUCCCUUCCUUUGCUCUUCGUUACUUUCCUUCGUUCGUUCAUUAUUUUCCCAGCUUUUAUUCUUUCCUUUGCUCGUUUGACUUUCCUUCAUUCUUUCUCAUUACUUUCCUUCGCUGUCAUUACUUUCCUUUGCUCGUUCGCUUUGACUUUCCUUCGUUCUUUCUCAUUACUUUCCUUCGCUGUCAUUACUUUCCUUUGCUCGUUCGCUUUGACUUUCCUUCGUUCUUUCUCAUUACUUUCCUUCGCUGUCAUUACUUUCCUUUGCUCGUUCGUUUCUUUCUUUCUCUUUUGGGCAAUUCAUUUUUAUCAUUUUUCUUUCUCAUUUUUCGUUCGUUCAUUACUUUCCUUUGCUCGUUCUUUGACUUUUUUCAUUUUCUCAAAACUUUCCUUCGCUGUCAUUACUUUCCUUUGCUCGUUUGCUUUGACUUUCCUUUGUUCGUUCUCAUUACUUUCCUUCGCUGUCAUUACUUUCCUUUGCUCGUUUGCUUUGACUUUCCUUCGUUCGUUCUCAUUACUUUCCUUCCUUCUUUCUCUUUGCUCGUUCAAAAAAACUUUCCUUCGUUCUUAGGAUUUUUUUCUUUCAGUUGUUUGCUGAAACUGUCGUUCGCUUUGAUUUUCCUUCAUUCGUUCUCAUUACUUUCCUUUCUCGCUUCGUUUGAAAUUGAUCUUUCUUUCUUUGCUUCCUUCGCUGUCAUUACUUUUGCUCGUUCGUUUUUCUUUCCUUCUCAUUUUCUCCCAGCUUUCCUUUUUGUCAUUAGUUUCCUUUGCUCGUUCUCGUUCUUUGACUUUCCUUCGUUCUUCUCAUUAUUUUCCUUUCCUAUUCCUUUUUGUUCGUUUUGGCCUUUUCAUUCAAAAUUUACUUUCCUUUUCCGUCAUUAUUUUGCCUUUGCUUGUUCCACUUUGACUUUCCUUCGUUCGUUCUCAUUACUUUCCUUUUUCUGUCAUUACUUUCCUUUGCUCGUUUUUGACUUUUUCGCUUCAAUCAUUCUCAUUACUUCUUCGAAUGUCAUUAAUUUUCUCAUUGCUUUCUCAUUACUUUCCUUCGUUCCUUAUCAUUACUUUCCUUCGCUUCAUUAA